GUCAUAAAUUAGGGGAAAGAGAAGAGCUAUCAAAGCAAAGCAUGAAAUGAAACACUCUUUCUCUUUCUUUCUUUCUCUCUCUCUCUCUCUCUCUCUCUCUUCGAGCGGGAAAAAUGUAAAGCCUUUCUCUUUCUAUAACCUCAUCUUCACCCUUCACCAUAGGUACAACAAGCCUUCACCUCUCUUCAACUAUCAGUUUCUUCUUCUCUUUCUCUGUCUGGGUCUUUUCCUUUUUUCUCGUUUCCUUUUUAGUCUAAUUUCAGCUUGCCAAAUUUCUUUGCUUGUUUUCUUUCUUUUUCUUCAUCUUCUUUCGAAGAUGAGUUUUUGACACUGAUUUCUCUCUGGAUACGUGCAUCUUCUCUCAAGAAUUAGCAUGGCUGUUGUUUUUGAAGGCUUUUCCAUCCGCGAAUAUGCUUCCAAAAUGAGAAGCAUCGACGUGGUGAAAUGCUGGCCGUUCAGUGGAGCUGCUGCUUCUUCUUCUUCUUUAGAUGAUGAUGAUAAUGGUAACAGUAAGAUAAACAAACAAACCAUGGAAUCUCUUCUCCCUCCGAUCACAGUCACCAAAUUCCGCUGGUGGUCCGAAGAGCUUGAUCGUCUCAAAUCAACUGAAUUAGCUAACAUUCAAAGCAGCAGCAGCAACAUGGAAAACAAUAAGCUUCAAGAAGCACAACUGAGAAACCAAAGUAACUUGUUGCAAGUAUAUCUUCAUGUGGAGGAGAAAUCUGAUGAGAGAUUAGACAUGUUGGAAUGUCCAGUUUGUGGGGCAUUUGCUGCUUCCACAGUGAAUGCGUUGAACGCUCAUGUUGAUAGCUGCCUUGCUCAAGCAUCUAGAGAAGAGAGGCGCCAAAUGAGGAUGGCAAUCAAGGCUACCAAAUCAAGAACCCCCAAGAAACGAUCCAUCGUUGAGAUUUUUGCUGCGGCUCCACAGAUCCACAAGGUUGAGGAUGCUGCUGAUGAUAACAAUUUGCUGGAUGAAGAUGAAAAUGGCAGUUUCAAGAGCGAGUUGAAUUGCAAGAUUGAGAGGCCAAAGAAGAAAGUCGCAAUCGUGAAAAAGUUGAUGAAGAAAAAGAGGAAGAUGAAGAAGAGUAAGAAUAAGAAUAAAAAGAAAGAUGGGCUCAUUGCUAACGAGGAGAAUGGUAGCAAGCUGAAGCUGCAAAUUCCAGUCAAUUUCAAUAGAAAACCAAAUAAUACAUUGUGCAAUAGGGGCUCAAAUGCUGUUUCUAUCCUUAGAAAGAAACCAAGUCUCAAAUGCCUGUCUGCAAAGAAGAAAAACAAGGUUGUUCAAGCAUCCAAGCCAAUUGUAGAGCAUGAAAAGCCAAUUUCUGCUGUUCGUGGCAUUCUCAAGAAUCCCCCAAAAAUUAUUUCUGGGCAAAAUGCAGCAAUGUGCAAUGUGAGGGCCACUUCUCAAGCGAGUACCUGUGGUGUUCAACAUUCAGCCAGGCAUGUCCGUUUCUCAGGUCAGGAUGGCAUGCUUGGUCCCCAUAAGAAACAUGCUACUUCAUUUGAGAAAAGCAUUUGCCACAUUGAUUUGGAUUCAUUUGAUCUGUCAGAAAAAGGCUGCUGGAUUGAAGGUGAUAAAGAAUUCCCUGCUAGAGAGAUAAAUGGAAGUGAUGAUGAAGGUGUUUCUUUUAGCACAGGAAAUGGAAUUGGGGUGCAAUCUAUGAUGGAGAAGCAACAGUUGCCUGAUAUUCACUGCAAUGUUGAUAUACCGAAAUUUCUCAGACCACAUAUCGUUGAACAAGAAAAAGCAAAUCAUUUUUCAGAUAAAUCCUUGCCCACAGGUCAAGUUGUAGUAGAUUCUGGUAAUUUGCAUAUGUCUAAUCAAGGAAAUCAAACUGCAUUACAUAACCCUCUGUAUACUGGAGUUCCUAGACUCUUCUCUUCAGUGAAAGAAGUCCAAAAUCCUUUUAUCAAUUCUCAAGUGUGUGGUGGUGCUUCUACAGCUUCAAAUUACAGUUCUGUGUUUGUUGAUUAUUUUGGAGAUCACACCCAGGAAGUUGCAGCUAUAAGUUCUACGGCAACUGCAAGGGCAUCUUUGCAGCCUUCAUCAUCUGGUUUUGCUUUGAGUAAAAAUGUAAAUGAAAGUGCUCCAUUUACAUCACAAUUUGCCUCAGAAAAUGUUUCAGGCCAUGCUUUGUCUCAUCAGCCUUUAUAUCAUUUGUCUCCUAUUGAAUUGAUGGGGAGGUUAGGUCCCUUUCCAGAAUGGAAACAGAAGGCGGUUGCAUUCAGAGAGAAGUACAGGGAUGAGGAAUUUUUUGGUUUGCCUCUGAAUUCACAAGGUGAACUAGUACAGGCAAAGUCAACUGGAAAAGGAGGAUUUAACCAGCUAAAGAAAUCAACUCCAGCAUCAGGCUCUUCCAAUAGCAUUAGCAAUCUUGUCUUGCCAAUGAGAAUAGAUGAUCAUUCACUUAUGAAAGGGAAGCAUUUUAUCGGAAGUGCACUUCCAAAUAAUCAGUUAAGUUUGUUUCCUGCACAGUAUCACAUGAAAGAGAAUGCCACUGUACAUUCACCAGCUAGAUUAGGGGCUACCCAAUCGCAAGGCCCUAGAAAAGAAGAUGGAUAUCGUCUAAAUUCUGAUAGGAGAUGCAAUCGCUCUGUCUGCUUGAUGGAUUCAGACCUAAAUCUGACGAACAUCUCUUUCAGUGGAUGUGGGCAAUAUGACCAGUUUCAGAACCAAAAGGAGAAGGGUAUUACUCGUGCAAAGGAAAAUGCAGACAAGAUGCACCUGAAUAGGCCUCCUCCAACAAUGCGGUUGAUGGGAAAAGAUGUUGCAAUUUGUCGAAGCAGUGAUGAGAGGCAAGGAUUUGCAGAUGGAAAGGUCUGGACUCAUAAAGAAAUCAUAAGAGAGCACCAUCCUCAAGGUACUGUCCUUCAGAAUUCCUAUGUUGAUAGACAUUUUACGCAAGACUGGCUUUUGAAUCCAGCAUCAGGAAAGUUUAAAGAAGCUCCUGAUCAAAGAUUCGAAAUAGAGAGCAAUCAGGCCUUUCCCAGCAACGUAUUCAUGAAGCCCCUUGAGUCUAAUUUCCUUCAGCCGGGCCUCAACUGGCAAGCAAAUCCGGAAUUCCAUAAUAGCAGCCUUACAAUUGCAAGAAAUCCUAAUCCAAACUCACACCAUUUUGCCCAUUCACCCACUUCCCAUGCUAUUUUUGAAAAUGGAGCUGACUUCCAGGAGCCUUUUAUAUCCAGAAACGAAAAUUUAAGAGUUAGCUCUCAACUUUCCUCAGCAUCUACUUCACACAGAAUUUAUCAGAAUAUAAAUGGGAGUUCUGUUGAACACCAAUACAAGCAGAAUCCUCAGAAUGCUGUAAAAUCAUCUUUCAACUUUCCGUUUUUGCACCCAGAUCAGGGUGAACAUGUCCAACCAUCUUGGUUUAGGGGCUCCUCAAAGAGCCUGAUCCCAUGGUUGUUACAAGCAACGCAGCAAGUGAAGGCACCUUGUACACCUUCUCAACCUUUUCCUGAUGAUGGUGGUCGACGUCAUCCCCAUCCUAUGGAGACUAGUUUUCUUCCCAACCCUUUGGUUCCUCAUUUGCCAAUAGUUUCUUAUGAUCACAACCCAAUGAUCUCUCACUCACACAUGGAAAGUCCAGUUGGGCAACCAUAUAUAGCUCACUCCCCACUCAUUCCAGCCCUUCCUGGAAUUAAACCAUCUUCUUCUGUUAACAUGAGCCACAGGAACAGAAUCAAGUUCAAAGACAGAAUGAAGUUAAAAAGUGCUGGCAUUCAAGACCCUGAUAUUUGCCAGAAGACAAGGAAGAGGCCUAGAGCUAAAGAAGAUUGUCCAAUGAAGCCCACUAAGAUACCUAGUCUAGGAAUUCAAGAUAAAUCAAGAGCUGCAACUCGGUCAACAAGAGAAAAUUUCUUUGAUGACAUUCAAUGUAACAUGGGGUCACCUGAAAUUGACCCUUACAGGGAUGAAGCUGGCCUUGUAGGAUGGAUUCCAAAUGAGCCUAGAUGCAAUGGGUUUGGAACUUCAGCUGGAAUUGAUUCUUCUAAAAUUGACGGUGUGACAAGACCAGGUCCUAUUAAACUUACUGCUGGGUUGAAGCACAUCCUGAAACCCAGCCAAAAUGUGGAUCAGGAUAACUCAAGGUUGAUCCAUUCAACUAUCCCUUUUGCAUCAGUGACUGGUUGUGGUAACAUUUUGGAGACUCAGAAGAAAUCAACAAAGAUUUACAGGUUUUAGGGGACUGUCUACUAGCCCAGCAGGAUAGAAGACUGCUUGUAUUUGACUGCUCUUUGCUUGCAAGUUCCCAGGAGUCAUUGAAAGGAUGAAAUCAGCUUUCAUCCAUUUGAUGCCAGCUCCAACUAGUGAGAUUAUACAAUUGACAUAAAGAGCAAAAACCAAAAGAAAAUCACCUGUAUUUACAAUCGAAGGGCCGAGGAUCAGUUACUACAUCAUGUUAUAAGCUUCCAAGGUUUUUUUUUUCCCUUUUUUCCGAGGUUUCUGAAUCUGGAAUUUGUAAUCCAAUGUUGUAAAAGUGGGUUUAUGCUUCGUUAGUGAUACCCUAAAAAGUUGUUUCACUGACCCUUUUCUUCCUGAAAUUGUCUGUAGUCAUAUGUGAAGCAUAUAUUAUCCAAUGUAAGGCUAAUCAUAUAUGUCGAAAACUGAA